GGCAGCACAUCCUCUUCUCUUGUGUCAUCAGGCAGGCUCUGUCCUUCCCCCAUAAUCUCUCCAGGACGGGCACCGCUGCAGGGGCUGGGCUAUGGCCCCCCAUCCCACCACCCUCCUGUGCUUCACGCUCUGUCUGGGCCAGAUGAUCCGCACGUGCCGAGGGUCCCUGCCCAGACCCUCCAUCACAGCUGAGCCAGGCCCUGUGGUCCCCUGGGGACAGCCUGUGACCAUCGUGUGCCAGGGCCCUGCUGGGGCUGAGACAUUCCGCCUGCAGUACAAGGAGAAUACGCAUAAGUACGAGGAUGAGAGUAACACGAUUCAAAUUGGUCCACACCAGACAGCGGCCAGGUUCCCCAUCGCUGCUGUAAGUGAAGACACUGUCCGGAAUUAUCAGUGCCUCUAUCAUCAAAGUGGCAUUUGGUCUGAGUCCAGUGAGACCUUGAAGCUGGUGUUGACAGGAGCCCCUGAUGAAAUCAGCCUCCGACCCACAGACUCCAGCACCUGGACAGCCCCCACCUCCCAGGAUUACACGAUGGGGAACAGUGUCCGCCUGGGUGUGGCCAGUGUGGUCCUGCUGAUCCUGGUGGUGAUUCUGGCAGAAGCUGGGCACAGCUGGUGCAGCUCCCAACAUGGACCCCAGGGAUGGAGACACGAGGGUGCCCAGCAGAGGGACUGGACCCCAGGGCCCCAGGAAGGAUGUUCCCUGGGAUCCUGAGGCUCCUGAUGGAACCUGAGGAGACACAGCACCCUCCACAGUGAACCUUGGGGGGACACUGUCCUCAGAAGGGCAUGGGGGCAGGGUGAUGCAUCCUGGAUUUCCUGAGUUUAUACUCACAGCCCCUCACGUACUCCCUCUGGUCUCCCUUCUCCUCCGGUUCUAAGACAGGACCCCUCCGGUUCUAAGACAGCCUCUGCCUCUGUCUUCCCUUUCCUCCUCCUUCUGCUGCAUUUCAGAAGCUCCACGUGGCUGAGCUCAAGCCAUCUCCUUGGUGUCCCCUCCUCCCCCUUUGAUGACGUCAGCACCUGGGGCAUCCCUUCCAUGUCUCAGCACAGGACUCCCGGCUGGACUUUUCCACCUUCCCCCCUCCCCCUGGAGCCCCACAUUCCCAGCUGCCUCUGGGAACCACGAACUUGCAGCUCAGGGCCCUGACUGACACCUGUCACCUCUCACCUGCCUGAGCUGGUGAGCUCCCAGCUGCACCUGUCUGGCUCUCCCCCACAUCCCAUGUCUUGUCCUCCUGGAAUGGGGUCUGCCCUCCUUGGUCUGGUGUCUCCUUGUGUCCCCACUGUCUGGGAUCCAAAGCCCAGGGAAGGAAAUGCAAAUCAAAACCACAGUGACUCAUCCCCGAGCAGACCUAAAUGUUGGCAAGGACGAGGAGAUACCUGGACGCCAGUGGGCACACAAAAUGGUACAACCUCUGUGAAAAACGAGAUGGAGUUUCCUCAAAUAUUACACAUAUGAUCCGGCAAUCCCA